GCCACAGCAGGGCGGGCGGCGGCCGCCAUGGAGCGGACCCCCAUCCCGGUGCUGACCGUGCAGACGGCACCCUACGAGGACCAGCGGCCGACGGGCGGCGGGGGGCUGCGCCGGCCCACGGCGCUCUUCGAGAGCCAGCGCAACUACCUGCCCAACUUCGUGCAGAGCCUGCUCUCCUCCGUCGACCUUCGCGACCGGCAGGGCUGCACCAUGGUGGUGGGCAGCGACGGCAGGUACUUCAGCAAGACGGCCAUCGAGAUCGUCGUUCAGAUGGCCGCGGCUAACGGGAUUGGCAGAUUAGUUAUUGGACAGAAUGGCAUCUUGUCCACACCUGCUGUUUCCUGUAUCAUCCGAAAGAUCAAAGCAGCUGGUGGAAUUAUUCUAACAGCUAGCCACAGUCCUGGGGGACCUGGAGGAGAAUUUGGAGUCAAGUUUGAAGUUGCCAAUGGAGGACCUGCUCCAGAUAUGGUUUCAGAAAAAAUCUAUCAAAUCAGCAAAACCUUGGAGGAAUAUGCAAUUUGUCCUGAUCUCAGAGUUGAUUUAUCACGCCUGGGAAGACAAGAAUUUGAUCUGGAGAACAAAUUCAAACCUUUCCGAGUGGAAAUUGUGGAUUCUGUGGAAAUCUACCUCAAUCUCCUUCGAAGUGUUUUUGACUUCAGUGCGAUCAGAAAUCUGCUGACCGGGCCCAAUCAGAUUAAAAUAAGGAUUGAUGCCAUGAAUGGAGUUAUGGGACCUUAUGUGAGAAGAAUCUUGUGUGAUGAGUUGGGAGCUCCUGCAAAUUCUGCCAUAAACUGUAUUCCUCUGGAGGAUUUUGGUGGACAGCGUCCUGAUCCAAAUUUAACGUAUGCAACUGCCUUGCUGGAGGCUAUGAAAGGUGGAGAGUAUGGAUUUGGAGCAGCUUUUGAUGCUGAUGGAGACCGCUACAUGAUUCUUGGCCAAAAUGGUUUCUUUGUGAACGCAUCAGAUUCAUUGGCUAUAAUUGCUGCCAAUUUGUCUUGCAUUCCAUACUUUUGUCAGAUGGGUGUCCGAGGAUUUGGCAGGAGCAUGCCUACCAGCACAGCCCUGGACAAAGUGGCAAAAGUAAUGAAGGUUCCUGUGUAUGAGACACCAGCAGGAUGGAGAUACUUUUCCAAUCUCAUGGACUCUGGACGUUGUUCACUUUGUGGAGAGGAGAGUUUUGGCACUGGGUCUGAUCACCUUCGAGAGAAAGAUGGACUGUGGGCUGUGCUAGUUUGGCUUUCAAUCCUAGCAGCCCGAAAGCAGAGUGUGGAGGAGAUUGUCAGGGAUCACUGGGCAAAAUUUGGCCGGCACUACUACUGCAGGUUUGAUUAUGAAGCACUGGAACCCAGAACAGCAUAUUUCAUAAUGAGAGACCUGGAAGCUUUGAUCACUGACAAAUCAUUCAGCCAUCAGCAGUUUGCUGUGGGUAACAGUAUCUACAGUGUGGAAAGAACAGACAGCUUUGAGUUCGUAGAUCCUGUGGAUGGCACUGUGACCAAAAGACAGGGGCUGCGGAUUAUUUUUUCAGAUGCUUCCAGGCUCAUCUUCAGAAUGAGUGCUUCUAGUCAUGUGAGAGCUACUCUCCGGAUCUAUGCAGAGAGUUAUGAAAAGGAUCCUAGCCAACACAAUAAGGAACCACAGGCUGUGCUGAGUCCUCUCAUAGCAAUCGCACUGAAAAUAUCUCAGAUUCAUGAGAGAACAGGACGAAAGGGACCCACUGUCAUUACCUGAAGCCACAGAAGAUUGUUAAACCAGGGCCAAAAGAGAAACAGCAAGGAAGAGACAGAACCUUGUUAAGACUUGUUAGCCAUUUGUGCCUUGUAUGAUUUUAAAAGUUUUCUCGGGGAGAGAGGCAGGGUGGAAAGUAAAAUUCAAUAUAACAUUGAGUAUAAUCACUUGCAUUGAUCUCCAAAUGCAAUAGUAUAUUGACUUCUUUGUUUUACCUGCAAUAUCUUAAUUUCAGAUAACAAUAUAACCAAAGAGGCCUUAACCUUCAAAUGUUGUCAGCAGUAUGACAGAAAAUGACAACUGCUUGGUUUUGAAUGCUGUGAUAAAAGUUGGAGAAAUUUCAGUUAUGGAGAGAGAGGGAGGAAUUCCAAAGCAAAGACUUGCUUGGUGAAUAUUGUUUGGGAAUAUUGUCACCUUCUUGUAAGUUUAUAAAAAGGCAUACAGAGCAUGUCUUGACUCAUAAGGGCUGUAUAGUAAACUCUGUAUUUCCUCACCUGACAACCAUGCCUCCUCUCCUGCCUCUCCUGUUGCUCACAGAUGCACACUGACAGCAGUGUUGUAUACACAUUUACACAUGAUCCCAAAGAAGGGGUUAUUCCAUAUUUUUUUACCCCUGCUUUUAAAACAUAUCAAUGUGACUUGUGCCUUUAGAUGUUACAGAUAUUUUGGCUCUUUGGUUGUUUUCCUCCAAAAGGAGGCAUUUGUGCUAUAGAGUUGAUUUUAUCCUUCCAGCACUAUGUUGGCUAUGGAAUCUGACGGUCUUUUGCAAUAUUCCUCAUGUCAAGAAAUGAUACUGGUUCUUACUGUGUUUGAAAGGUAAUUAUUGCAAGAUCAGCAAUUCUUUAUCAAGGAAUUAUGGAAGUCUUUUAAGUCUUUGGAAUACUCAUGCUCCACUACUACAAAGUGAAGUAAGUGAACAGGGGAUUAAAAAACCUAAUAAAUUAAAUAGAAAUACUUGACUGAUUCACCAGAUGAACAGUUUCUGUUAGAUUCUUAGUAACAGUGGAUCAUGGAAUAAAAGUUUGGGGAGUGCAAAAGGCGUCUCAGCAUAGAUCUGAGAAGGCUGUUGGGGAUAUGGCCAUCAGCAUUUUUCUGCUUGUGAAAUGAUACUGCAGUUCUAGCUACAAUACUGUGCCCUGAAGAAGAACACAAACACUUUGCAUGUGAUUUGUUUCAAAGCUUUGCUUUGUUGGUCACUUGUAUUCAUUCAUCAGGGUGGCUUUGUGCAACUUGCCUCUUUGCAGUGUAUUUUAAUUCAUUGUGGUUGUCAAAUUUUAGUGCAAUUUAUAUAAUAUUGCAGCAAAGAAAAUUGUUUUUAUUUCUUUCAACACUUCUGUCAAAAAAAUGGCUAUGGCACUUAGUACACAAUAAAGAGUAAUGCUGUAUAUCUGUCUUAAUAUGUAAUUGUGGACAAGACACACUGCACUUUCAAGCAUCCUAAUAAAACUGCCUUUAAUACAGUUACAUUAUUACUUAAUUGACUCUACAUGAAUGAUGUACUAAUAUUGUCACAUAUUAUCCUAUCUUACCAUUACGUAUUCCUAUAAACCAAAUGAGAUUUUAAGACUUUGGUUCUUUUUAUAAAGAUUUUUCUUUUAUAUGACCAUGGCAUUCUUACACAGUUUGGACAUCCACUUUUGAGUGUAAGAGUAUUCAUCUUUACAGAAACCUUGCAAAGAAUGUUUCUGGAAGAAACCUGGUUUAUCUGAUGCUCUGUAUUUAUUAUAGAUCAGAACUCCUCUAGGUCCAAGAUAGUAAGCUCCUAGCCAGUAGAUCACACAUAGUCACACACUCUGGAUUACGACAGUUCGAAUUACUGCGUUGCACGAAAGAAUGUUCUGAAAGGCAUCGAACUAAAACAAACUUGUAAAAUCUCCUGCAUGUUCUUUGACAAUGAAAUAAUUUUUGAUCACCUAGUGAAUAUAUAGUUAUUUGUACUAUGGCAUAUCCCAUUUGUCAAGCUUUUCUGGGAUGGGAACAAUGCACUUCGAAAAGUAAGAUAUAGUGAAGCCAGGUGUCUUUCAGGAUGCAUUGGGAAGAUUCACAAGGAACAGGUGAGGACUGUGAAGAAUCAUAUCUGUGCUUUUAUCAGAAAGCUCUCACUAGAGCUGCAGUAGAUGGCAGUCUGCUUUCAUGAAGGCAGUCAUGGUAAACAAAGGGUAUAUUUUAAAAUCCUGGUAUCGACUUUAUCUUGGGCUCCAGGUCCUGUUUUUAAAAAGAUGGGUGAUAAUGCUA